GAGAGGGGAGGGCUUUGGCAGCGGUUGUGGGCAUUUUUGCGUGAAAGUGAGAGAACAAAAAUAAAACUAUCAGCCAUUGCAUCAGUAAAAGCUUCUUUUAUAGGCUUCACACGUGCUUGUAAAACGCAGAAAGUGAUAAAGUCAGUGGGUAAACCAGAUGAGGAAGGAGGCUACAACUGUAUACCAUUUUCACUUGCCCAAUACGACGUGAAACACUGGACGAAUCAUUAUGGCUCCAGUACAAUUGUCAUCAAUUUUAUCCGUGGUUUGCGUUUUCAUCUGUAAUGGGAACACAGUUCACACCUUUCAUUCCGGAAACGCGGAACAAGGCCGAACGUUUGUGUUUGCUAUUCCACAAUUCUACAAUAAUCCAGAAGGACUUGUAGCAACCCUCACUGUUAUUGGUAGAUCAAGAAAUGCGACCCAAGUUAAAGUUAACAUCAGGGAAAUUGACUUUGCAGAAUCCAGAGUAGUAUUUUACCACCAAGCCUCUAUGAUCGAUUUACCGCGGUCAGUGGUAGCAGACGUAAUAAACAGCCAUGCUACGACAGUGACAGUGUCCUCUUCGAAUGACAUAUCGGUACGGUGUCGAGUGGAAUACGAGUAUGACCUAACUUAUCCCGGUGAAGGUUUCCUAGUUCUUCCAAUAGCAUCUCUUAACACCGAAUAUUUCAUAGUGACAGCGGCGACACCUGGGGAAAACCUAGCUCAGUAUAAAGGUAAACCAUAUCAUUCUCUUUUCACCAUAUCUGCAGCGUAUGGCGACACGGUUAUUCAUAUCGAAACAGCUGCACCGUUGAAUGUCUCCCAUCAAUUCUUCCCUUCCAAGGAACAUAUAAAUUUAACUCUAAACAAACACAAGAGCAUUUUAGUAAGCAGCUCGGAAAACCUUAGCAGGACACGUGUUACUGCGUCUAAGCCUAUUGCAGUAGUGAGUGGAAACGAUUGCGGUAUUAUCCCUGGCAUCAAGACCCAUCCCACUUCCUGCUACUUUAUGGUGGAACAACUUUUGCCAACAUCUUUUUGGGGUGUUGAAUUCGAAGUGAGUCCCUUUCAGGUUGAGACGAGUCAUCAUGUAUUACACUUUGCCGUUCUGAGUGAGGCUACAGAAGUUACCAUCAAUGAUGACAUUAAGCGAGUACUCAUCCCGGACAAGAACACGGGCUUCAUCCAACGCCUCUCUGGUUCGCAUGUUACGCGUGUAUCGUCAAACCUUCCGAUCAUGAUCGUGCACUUCAUUCAGAAGACAGUACCUUCGGGAGUAUCAGGUGCAAUGACAAUUGUCCCAUCAGUUCAAGAGUUCGUUAGACGCGCGUACGUGGCCGUACCCGCCCCAAGAAGAUUACCCUAUAGGAAUGUUGACUUCUCGGUUUGUAUCGUCACUAACUGCUCAUCUAUUAACACUAUUCGGGUCAACGGGAAUUCAUUAAACCCCCAGUCCAAAUCAGUUCAUCUACUUCGAGGGCAUUUUUGCUCUAUUGAUCUCCGCAUUUAUACCGGUGCUGGAAAAAUAGUUACCAUCUCAAGUUCGUCCGAAAUGGCCCGCAUGUUAGUCACAGCAAAGAGACACGAAAAUGGUCUUUUAGAUUUCGCAUAUCCUGCCUCUUUUGGACUGGGGAUGAAUGGUUUCACAGGGGGAACAUCAGUUUUCAAUUCCAGUUCCGGUUCAGAUGAUGUCGGUGAAGAAACACCAGAGAUUGAUCAUAUCACAGUUGAAAUGUUCCGGUUUGUCUGGUAUGCAUGUGUUGGAGGUGCUGGACUUAUCUGCUUACUAGUUGCUGUCAUAAUAUUUGCGUCUCGUAAAAGUUCCUCAAGGAUACAUUGCGAUGUCAACUGCUGUGUCCGUCGCUCUCAAACCACAUCGUCCACGGACUACGACGAUUUCAGUCUGGACCAACUAUCCUUCCAUCGGUGCCCAUCAUCCCUGUGUUCAAGCAACGGCAUAACGUCUAUGUCACAUUCUCACGAGUAUCAAACAACGCGCUAUAGUAACAGUACAUCCCAUCAGAUUAGUAUUGUACCAGAGUGUCGUGUUGAUGUCGCUGCUGAUGGCUCCUACACCACUAUUGGACACUGAUUUGACUUACUAACCCGUUUACCAGAUUGGUAAGCCUGUAUCGCAUUUCGGAGAACCCAUGGCUCGCUUUGGGAUGUCAAUAGUUUUGUUUCUUAAACAAUAUAGUUCGUUAUGUUUGCACUUUCACUCCUAAAUGAUAAAAACGUCUUUAUUGGAGAUAUUCGGGAUUUGGGAACGUUGGAGUUUAGUUUAAAAUAGCCUAAUUUCUCAACAACUUCACUCGCAUCAACUUUUACAUUACUGCGUAUUCUGUAAAUCACCAUACUAAUUGUUAGAUUACGCAAUAAACUAGUCAUGAUAGUUUAAAUCAUGUAAAGGAGUAAUGAAAACAAAAAAAGUAUGGCAUUGCUAUUAUUUUGGAAAAAAUAUACAACUGAUCUGUGCGUAUCAAUAAAAAGUUUACAUUUUGC